GACUAUAAAAUUUGUAAAUUAAAAGGUUCUCAUGCGUCUAGGGUUCCGCAUUCUUCAUGUGCGUCUGAGAUGUUUUAUCUGUCGAAAAUGUAGAGAUGUAUUUUUACAAAUGUAAGAAAUUAUAUAUGUAGAUCGAAGCAAAGGGAGGUUACGACUAAAUAAUCAAUUAGAGUCGAUUCCUUAAAGUGAAAGGGACACCACGACAAUGCAGGCAGUGAAAAAAACAACUCUGUUCCUUGUGGGACUUUGGUGGAGCUUGAGCAACACUUUGGCUGCGACUGUGAACCAAACGCUGAAUACGUGCCCAUCACUUUGUCGGUGUCAAUAUAUUCCGGAAAAGCAGUUAAUUGUGAAUUGCUCAGGUAGCUCGAUCGCCGAUUCAUUUCUUGCUUUGCCACAAAAUACAACGAAUUUAGAUCUACGGCAUGCCGGAUUGAACGAAAUACGACCUUACGCCUUAAGUCAACUGAAAAGACUCAAAGUUCUUUAUGUGGGAGGGAAUAACAUAAAAGCGUUCAGUGAGUAUAGUUUCGCUGGUUUGGAGACCCUGGAAUACUUAGAUUUGUCCCCUAUCCCCUAUGAUGUGAACCUCGAUUAUACUCUGUUACCACCUGGCCUCUUCCAGGACUUGAUCAGCUUGAAAAUUCUUAAACUUAAUGAUAUGAACCGAUUUCAGCUCAUUCAGCAGGAUUACAUAGACCGUACAAUGGCUCCAUUACGGCAGCUGGAACAGCUUUUUCUUCCAUAUGUUCCACUAGGUGACCUGUCACUUGGUCCUGGUUACAGUAAUCUUACUUCGCUGAAAACUUUGGUCUUUAACGAAACUUUUUACUUUGCCUUUGCUACCGACUUGCAGUUAAAAGGACGUGCGUUUAUGUCACUGAAAGACUGUCCAAUAGAAAGGCUUGCAUUCAUUAACUGUGCCUUUAGCUCUGUGGAGCGUGACGUCAUGUCAUCUUUUCCAAAUCUCAAAAUACUAGACGUUGAGGGAAGUAUUUUUACUUCAACAGAAAAGUUGCAAGAUUUUAUAUGUGAUCUGAAUAAUACCAUGAUCGAGACGCUGCGUAUGAAUGAUAUGGUUGAUAUGCAUACAAAAUCUCCGUUCGAAUUUAGUAUUUCGGCAUCUACAUUUGAGUGUUUAAAACAUAAAACAGUCAGAAGUUUGGAGCUAAUCAAUAAUGAUAUUGUUGAAGUAAAAGAAAACAUUUUUCAAAAUCUCAAACACUUAGAAUACCUCGACUUGAGCUACAACAACAUAUUGUAUCAUCCCAAAAAUCAUCAUCCUUGGGUCGUUUCAUUAAUGGCAAAAAUUAGCAUAACAAAUUUGAAAUUCGUGAAGAUCGACAACAAUGUAAUCCACAAUAGAUCUCCAAAACCAAAAUGCGAAAUAACUCAUUCCUUCUGGGACGGACAUCCUGAGAUUUUGCUAACAACCACGAAAACCACGGAUCAAUCAGACACACCUAUCGCUGAAGAACUGUCUGCAAACAUAACCAUACCCUUACCUGUAAUCAAGAUGACUUUACCUAAACAACUGGAAUAUUUAUCACUAAAUUGGUGGGCGACUAUUAAAUAUGGCCCAUUUAACUGCGAUACUGUCAAUGGGAGCUUGUACUUCUACUCAAACAAUCUGCGUUCAUUGAGUGCCGUCGGUCUAAGGCUUCCAUAUGCUUGUUACACUCCGUAUGGACUACAUCGUUUGGAAUUCGUAGAUCUGUCUCAUAAUGUCUUGUAUUAUGUACCAAAGACUUUAUUUCAUGAUUUACCGGCAUUGAGAGAACUUUAUCUUAAAGACAAUAAAAUGGGAUCUCUCAUAGGUAAAGGUGGGCUUGACCCCUUGGACCUCCCUCGACUCCAAUACCUUGAUUUGUCACAGAACUCCAUCAGACUGAUACCAAAACAUUUCUUUGUCAAUCUCAUUUCCUUGAAAUGGCUUGACCUGAGCAACAAUGACAUAACGACUGUAUCUUUCAGUUGGAUGAACUUUGCAUUUAUUGAGUACAUGAACCUCAGUAACAACAAGCUGCACGCACUCUCCCCAGCAGAAUUGAAAUUCACUGACAGGGUAAACAAAAGCUCCAAUUUAGUAUUCAAUAUGUCGAACAAUCCCGUAGACUGCGCCAGUUGCGAUGGUGAAGAAUUCACUCGCUGGGUUAUCGAUUCAAAUAUAACAGUAUCUUUCUCUAACAACUCGACAUGUCAUGCGAAUGGCACCAAUUCAACCCUUAAUAUGACAUUGCAAAGACUCGAGAGGGAAUGUGACGUCAUUCCAAAAUCGGUCACAACCCUGAAUCACUGGCUUUCUCUUGGGAUAUCUCUGACCAUUACGGCCAGCGUGACCUGUGGGGUUGUACUAGCGUAUAUAUAUCGCUGGACAAUUCAAUAUCGCUUUUACCUUCUGCGCCGCCGGUUACGAAGACACGGGUUCGUCAAACCGCCACCUGGCCACGUGUACGUCUCAUACGAUGACGGUAAUUACCAGUGGGUAAUGAAUGAACUUUUACGUCAUCUAGAAGAGAACGAGCUUGACGUCAUCAUAGAUGAGAGGGAUUUCAUUGGUGGAGCAUCUCUUGCUGAAGCUAUCGUCGAAGCUGUAGAUAACAGCAGGAAGACAGUUCUCGUUCUAUCAGAAAACUUCGUGCUAAACUCGUGGUGUGAAUUUGAGUUUGAAAUGUCAUUGGCUCGUGGUUACAACACAGUGAUACCAGUCAUGUUUGAAACGGUGCCAUUUGGUGAUAUGACGAAAUCGCUUCGGAAAUUCAUUAAGGCAAAAGGCUAUAUAAAGUGGACAGGCAGCCAAGAAGGACAGCGUUUGUUUUGGAAACGUCUCAUGGAUGCCAUUUUUGAUGUAAAUAACCAAUAUGUGCAUGAUGCUGAAAAUGACGACGUCGAAAUGGAAUAACAGCUAAAAAUUCAGUAAUUUGCGGGAAAAAAAGAAACCAUAUGUUGCUUUGUUUGACAAUUAGAAAUAUUUUAUACCUAGGAAUGCUUAGACUAUACAUUUACCGGUAUAUUAUGUCUGAUGGACGCCAUUUUAGAAUUGGGUUAUUGGGUGUCGUAGAUGUUGAUUACUUCGACAUUUGGGAUUAGUAUAUCUUCUAAAUAUAUAUUAAACAUAGGGAGUGUUCCCAUAAUCCGUACUAGCUGGUUCGAUCUAACUUUGGGGGGACUCUCGAUAAAUUGCAUACGCGGCUUAAAUGUCUGGCACGGCUACCCAAGCUCCGAGAGGGUAAUUAAUGAUAGUCUAUUGCCCUCUUGGGGGUAUGCCAGACAAUUAAGUUGAUUACACUGAUAGCACUUUAGCGGGAAGCCCCGCAGAAUUAAAUCGAUCUGAUUUAUAGACUAUAAACUUUAUACCUUUUCAAUACCAAUUCGUGGUAGAGGUGAAAAUGAGCUGUAAGCUCAUUGUUUAGAGAGUUUAAAAUUACAUUUGAAGAGGGCACGGAUUUCCCCAUAUCUCAUAUGAAACACUUCAUAUGAACCACUUCUACUAGUUUCUUAUACUACUCAAAGUGAACUUGUAUUAAUCACUCUCUCAACCAUUAAAGAGCUGUAAAAUUGCACCUUUUUCAAAAUUUUGGUCUUAAAUAGACCUACAUGUACUUGCCUGUCCAUCCAGUUCGAGAAAGUCCCCCAAAAUGCAUUAGUAGGGUGCAUUACUGCUGCAUGUGCAGUUAAUUAAAUGGGCUACCAAAACGACCAACGAGGUCAACCUGACUGUCUUUGGCUUUUUUUUAGCCUGAAAAUUGUACAAAAUGUCAAUUAAGCUGAUAAAUGAGUCAAACAUUAGGAUUUAUUAUGUCGUAUGUUUUAUGUUUAUUAUUAUUGAAGAUUACAAUAAAAACCCAAAGGU